AUGCGGCUAACAGAGCAUCAGCAGCAACGGAAAGUGCAGCAGAAACAGCAGCAGCAGCAACAGCUGCAGCAGCAGCAGCAGCAGCAGCUCACAUCAACCGGCAUUCUUGUCUGCUGCGGGGUCAUCCUGCCGCUCCCCACCGCCACCACCUCCGCCUGCUGCAGCACCCGCUGCUGCUGCUGCGGCGCCAGCAGCAAACCCCCAGCUGUCUUGUCUGAUGGCUUCAGAACACGGACAAACACUCUGCAGCAGCAGCAGCAGCAGCAGCAGCAGCAGCAGCAGCAGCAGCAGCAGCAGCAGCAGCAGCAGGGCAUGCUUCAGCAGCUGCAAACACUGCACCCGAGCAGCAAACAGCAGCAGAUGCAGCAGCAGCAGAAACUGCAGCAGCAGCAGCAGCACUGUAACAGCAGCAGCACUCCAGCAGCAACAGCACUUGAGCAGCACUACAACAACAACAGCAGCAGCACCACCACCACCACCACCAGCAGCACCAUCACCAGCAGCAGCAGCAGCAGCACCAGCAGCAGCAGCACCAUCACCAGCAGCACCAGCAGCAGCAGCAGCAGCAGCAGCAGCAGCAGCAGCAGUACAUGUCUCCAAUGGGUUUAA